UCCUUGGAUUACCUGUUGCAGUAUGGGUAUCUACAGAAACCUCUAGAAGGAGCUGAUGACUUCAGGCUAGAAGAUAUCACAGAGGCUCUAAGAACUUUCCAGGAAGUGUCUCAACUGCCCGUUUCCGGUCAGAUGGAUGAUGCCACAAGGGCCCGUAUGAAGCAGCCCCGUUGUGGUCUGGAGGAUCCCUUCAACCAGAAGUCUCUUAAAUACCUGCUUCUGGGCCACUGGAGAAAGAAGCACUUGACAUUUCGCAUCUUGAACGUGCCCUCCACCCUCUCACUCCCCUCAGUUCGAGCAGCCCUGCACCAAGCCUUUAAGUAUUGGAGCAGUGUGGCCCCCCUGACCUUCCGGGAGGUGAAAGCUGGUUGGGCUGACAUCCGCCUCUCCUUCCAUGGCCGCCAAAGCCCAUACUGCUCCAAUACCUUUGAUGGGCCUGGAAAGGUCCUGGCCCAUGCUGACAUCCCAGAGCUUGGCAGUGUACAUUUCGAUAAAGAUGAAUUCUGGACUGAGGGGACCUACCAAGGAGUGAACUUGCGUAUCAUUGCGGCCCAUGAAGUGGGCCAUGCCCUGGGGCUUGGGCACUCCCGAUAUACCCAGGCACUCAUGGCUCCAGUCUACGCUGGCUACAGGCCCUAUUUCAAGCUGCAUCCAGAUGAUGUGGCAGGGAUCCAGGCUCUCUAUGGCAAGAGGGGGCCUGAGACAGAUGAGGAGGAAGAGACCGAGAUGCCCACUGUGUCACCAGUGACCACACAACCAGGUCCCAUGCCCAACCCCUGCAGCAGUGACGUGGAUGCCAUGAUGCUGGGGCCUCGUGGGAAGACCUAUGCUUUCAAGGGUGACUAUGUGUGGACUGUAACAGACUCAGGGCCAGGACCCUUGUUCCAAAUAUCUGCCCUUUGGGAGGGGCUUCCUGGAAACCUGGAUGCUGCUGUGUACUCUCCCCGGACACGACGGACUCAUUUCUUUAAGGGAAACAAGGUGUGGCGGUAUGUUGAUUUCAAGAUGUCUCCUGGCUUUCCCAUGAAACUCAACAGAGUAGAACCCAACCUGGAUGCAGCUCUCUAUUGGCCUGUUAAUCAAAAGGUGUUCCUUUUUAAGGGAUCAGGAUACUGGCAAUGGGAUGAACUGGCCAGAACUGACCUUAGCCAUUACCCCAAACCAAUCAAGGGACUGUUUGCUGGAGUGCCAGACCAACCCUCAGCAGCUAUGAGCUGGCAAGAUGGCCAAGUCUACUUCUUCAAGGGCAAAGAGUAUUGGCGCCUUAACCAGCAACUGCGAGUGGCCAAGGGCUAUCCCAGAAAUAUGACACACUGGAUGCACUGUGGUCUUCAGACUCCAGACACUAACUCAUUAACUGGGGACGUUACUCCUUUGACCAGAGACACAGUCUUGGGUACCACUCCUUCAACCAUGGACUCAACCUUGGACAUUCCCUCAACUACAGACUCUGCCUCCCUUUCAUUCUCUGCUAAUGUCACCCUGCUAGGGGCCUGAGACUUAUUCAGUGUCUGC